AUGACGAUGGGUCCCAAUGGUGAUAACAGCCCAGAUCCUCGUAUGCCAACAGAGUUGCCUCUUCAACAACUCCAUCUGACCCAUCUCUUUGAGCUCCCGUUGAUCAUGUCUAUUUCUCACCAAAAGGUUUAUCCCACACAACGCUACAACAUGGCCAAAUCUCCUUCAUCAACUCAAACCCCAACGCCAAUUGCCAUAUGUGGUCUCUUUAUUGUUUUGGGGCCUCUAGCCUCUGAGCUGGUGUUCUUUCCCGACACUUUUAUGAAAAGCAACACCGGGAUCACUGCCUUGUCCUUACUCUUCGGAAAAGAGCUGGGUGAAGCUACACAUAGUUCUAGUAUAGUUUACGUCUUGGAUGGACUCGUGUCCGCGUUUCUUCUGGCAUAUCUAUUUGAUUCACUGAGAAAGAAUGUUGCUCUGGCAAGAACGCUCUUCUUUCUGAAUUCAGGGGCUGGUCUGGUAGCCUUCGCAUAUCUAACAGCCGCUAAAGGCAUCGUCACAGGUCGAGACUCUGGUACUAAACUGCUAGUAGAUAUGAAGGAUACCAAAGAGUGA